CGCUACACCAAGUCAAACCUCCCGAGCAAGACGUGCGAAGUAUGUGGAAGGCCGUUCGAAUGGAGGAAGAAGUGGGAAAAAGUGUGGGACGAAGUCAAGUAUUGCUCGGACAGAUGCCGGAGUAGAAGGAAAGGGAGCAAGUCAAGCGAGGAUGGCAGCUCUUGA